UCACCUUACCCACCUCCAUUUAAUGUCCAACCCCAUGGACGUCGUCAGCCGAAUCUAGGCACUCCGAGACGAGUAUAGGACUUGGUGUGAAAUGUUUUUCCCUGGGGUACAAUAUCGUGGCCUGUCAGGGUUUCAAAUGCGAUGACUGCUUGAUUUGAAUCAGCAACCCUAACGGUAAGCCAUCUCGUCACCCGUCAUCACGUAGGCCCAUCGCAAGUCAAGUCUUCACGUUACGUUGGUGUUUGCUUUCUCGUGCAAGGAUGACCAAAUUGAUAACGAUUCGCUGGCUUUUGCUGCUGUCGGCGAUCGUCUGGUGUUCCCAAGCCGUCCUGAACCAACCAAACGAGAUGAAACUCCAGAACAACGGAUACACCGACGUGUUGAUUGCUAUUAAUAAUGUCAUCCCUGAAGACGGCAACAUUAUACACAGACUGAAGGAAGUUUUCACGGAGGCUUCUGAAGAGUUGUACAGUGCCACCAAAAACCGCGCUUUCUUUAAAGAGAUCAAGAUCCUUAUCCCGAAGACAUGGUCCAAGAAAGAGGAAUACUUGCUUGCCGGAACCGAGACCUUCGAGCGGGCUAAUAUCAGUUGUGCAACGAACCUUGUUUUCAGAGUUGACCUGUCGAACCCACGUGUGCGUCCGGACACACCUUAUGUGUCGACUAAGGAUGGAUGCGGAUAUCCAGGCGACUUCAUGCAUCUCACGCCUGACUACCUGGUCAAAAUGCAUCAUGCAGUACUAAACUGGGGCCCUUACAGUAAAACGAUUCUUCAUGAAUGGGGCCACCUUCGCUGGGGUGUGUUCGACGAGUAUUCUAGUCCGGGCUACCCACGGUUCUACAUGGCGUCGACAGGGGGCAUCAAACCCACCCAAUGUUCCGCCAAGAUUCCAGGGAACCCCAGAAAAAUUGUCAACGGUUUACCCUGGACCUGUCGGAUGAACCAUAGCUCUGGAAUCUACGAGGAAACUUGCCAUUUCAACGUCUAUCACUUCAUCAACGAAGCGACCGGAUCUUACAUGUGCUAUCAGUACCUUGCCGAAGUGACCGAUUUCUGUCACAGUGACCCGGACGGAGAUCCGCUGUCCUACCAUAACCGCGAGGCGCCCAACGUGCAUAACGCCAUGUGCCAACACCAAAGUACCUGGGACGUCAUGAACAAACACCGAGACUUCGCCAGUGGUGCCAACCCUCCUAGAGCAGUCGAUUCUACACAACCCAGCUUCAUUAUGUUGCAAGAGAGUGAACCCAGGAGAGUCCUGGUUUUGGAUAUGUCGGCAACCAUGGAGGCACUAGAGGCUGUAGGACAUCCACAAGGUGGCCGCAUUCUCCUUGUCACGGCUGGGCAGGAAGAUGGAGACCCGCGAAUUCGGGACGUGAUGCCAGAUCUUCGUAGGAAGAAAGUCAUCGUCGAUACGAUUGCCUAUGGUAGAGACGCCGAUCCACUGUUGCAGAGCCUGGCGCAGGAGACAGGGGGAGACUCGUUCUUUUCCGGAAUUCACGACUCAGCAGCCUUGGACAGUGCUUUCACUGCCACUUUCGGAGCUAUGUUGGAAGGGAGGCCCACACCAUUCCCGGUAACAAAUGUGCUCUUAAGCGAAGACAAGACCGUCAGUGGUAAGCAGACCUACACUACACGCGUGUAUGUGGACAGCAGUGUGGGGGAAAACACGUUUUUUUUCGUCUCCUGGCUGAACGGACGUCGUCCCAUGGUAACAUUGGAGACUCCGCUUGGCCGUAUGAUAACCGAAGACGACCCGAUGUAUGACGUCACAUCGGAAAGCAUUACCAUUGAGAUACAGGGUACAGCAACGCCAGGAAAAUGGUCCUUCAGCGUUACUAACAGUGACUCCGAUGACCAGGACAUCACCAUCAUCGUCACAUCCAACGGCAAGGAACCCAUCCAGGUUACCGCACAGAUCAGCGACGAGUUGCUGAACUACUCCUCCUCUCAGCCUUCGGCCUUGAGAAUCUUCGCUACGAUAGAGAAGGGUUUCUCGCCUAUUAUAGGAGCGGUCGUGAAAGUCAACAUCGAGAAGCCACCUCAUGGUGAAGUAGAGGAAGUCACGCUCAUGGACAAUGGGGCAGGUGCAGACUUUUUGAAAAAUGACGGCACCUACUCCCGAUAUUUCUUCAACGUCACCGCGGACGGUCGUUACGGGGUUUCCGUCAGGGUUGACAACUCCCAGGGGGAUGCCAAGUAUGUUAUCAUGAGCAUAGCGAGAGACAACAACACGGAGUAUGCAGACGAGAGCAACGUUCAGCGGCGAGAACAGUUGGAACAGUUGGAGCAGUUCCAAAGGAUUACAACAGGUGGCGUUUUUGAAGUGCAAGGGGUGCCCAGUGGAGGCGUCCCUUCACAAGACAUACUGCCGCCGUCCCGGGUGAGAGACCUCAAGGUCGUGGAAGUUUCCUACGCCAAAGCAACCGUGACGUUGAGAUGGACAGCGCCGGGUGACGACUUCGAUCAUGGAGGUCCAGCCCAAUAUGUUGACAUCCGGUACUCUCGCCAUUUUGACGAACUUGCAGACGACUUUCAAGGCUCGGCUUCAGUCAACUCUUCGCAAGUGCUGCUGGGAAGCCUGACGUCAAAACCGGAAUUUGGCAGCAUGCAAACCGUCGUGAUUCUCGUUCCAGACCGAGGCCCAAACGUCACGUUCGUCUUCACCGUACGCAUGUGCGAUGAGGUAGACAACUGCGGGGACCCUUCCAACAUCGUGGCUGCAAAUCUGGAGUAUAUCCCUGCUGAUCCCACUAACGAAUUCCCCUGGCACAUCGUUCUCCCUGUGCUUAUCACCAUUGGUGUUUUUGGCGCCAUAUUCGUGAUCUCUUGCAUUGUUGGGAAGUGUAAAAAUCGCACAAAAUCUACCCAGCCUUCUGCUGAUAACAACGUUGUCUAGUUUCAGAAGUUUUUUUUUGCAUUGAAAAAUUACAUCUUACCCACGGUCCCUAUGCGUCGUCCUGGC